GUGAUUGCACGUGUUGUUUUAAGGUUACCACUUACUGAUAAUAAGUCAAUUGAUUUGAUACUUGCAUUUUGUUAAUUAUAUGUUUAAAAUGUUAAAUUUAAUGUAACGAGAAACGAAUAACAAAUCAACAUUUUGUAUUAAUUACUUUAAGCAAUUACGUCUUACCUGAACUUACAUUUAUCUCUUUAACAUGAAUUGUGACGAGUUUGGCGAUGGUCUAGAAAAUGACUGUGUUAUUAAUCGCGAAAAGGAUCCAGUAAAUUCAAAAGUAUUUGGUGUUAAUAGGAGAUCAAAUUUUUCAAGAAAAGAGAAAGGUAAUGAUGCCAGAUUAAAUGGAAAAAAUUCAAAUUAUCAAAAGAAAAAUAACAAUGACAGAAAAAAUGGAUACGUAUCUUCAAUGUUUAGAAAUAACCCAGAAGUACAAUUACCUGUGGCUAUACUUAAUAAACAAGUUGACAUUCAAGCUAUUAACAAAAAUAAGAAUUCAUUGUUUUCCACUUCAACAUAUAAAGAGUUAACCGAUCUGCAUGCACACAUGGUUGCAAAUUUGGAACAAACUUUAGGAGUCACAAAAUUAACAACAGUUCAAAGUCAAACAAUUCCUGUCUUACAAUCGGGUAAAGAUGCAAUGGUUCAAUCUGAGACGGGCAGUGGUAAGACAUUUGCGUACGCUGUUCCGCUUAUUGAGUCAUUACAUAAGAUUCGACCAAAACUAUCUCGAACUGAUGGCCUUAGGGCACUAAUUAUUUUACCAACCAGAGAAUUAGCAUUGCAGACCUAUGAAAAUUUUGUCAAGUUAUUAAAACCUUACACAUGGCUUGUGCCUGGUAUGUUUACGGGUGGCGAAAAAAGAAAAUCUGAGAAGGCACGUAUGAGAAAAGGCAUCACAAUACUUAUAGGAACUCCAGGAAGAUUAUUAGACCAUGCACAGAAUACCAAGUCAAUAUCUUUUAAAUCACUUCAAUGGUUGAUAAUUGAUGAAGCUGAUAGAAUGCUGGAUCUUGGAUAUGAAAAAGAUAUUACUAGUAUUUUAUCUGUUGUUGAUGAACAUCGUGAUGAGUCUGUGCCUCGACAAACAGCUUUAUUAUCAGCAACUUUGUCUGAAGGAGUUCAGCGGCUUGCAGGAUUGUCAUUGAAAGAUCCUGUUUACAUUGAUGCAUCUUCAAUAAAGGAUACAGAUUCAGAAUGCUUGGCUAUACCAGACAGUCUUUUACAAUAUUAUGUUUUAGCUCCUCCUAAAUUAAGACUAGUUACACUUUCUGGUGUUUUGUUACAAAAACUACAAAAAGGUCAAGUUUCAAGCAAAACAUUAGUUUUUAUGGCCACUCAAGAUAUGGUUGACUUUUAUACAGAAUUAUUAACUACUGUUCUAACUUGCUUAACCAUGUUCAAACUCCAUGGUAAUAUGACCCAAGUAGAACGUAUGGAAGUUUUUAAAUCGUUUAAAGCUGCAAAUCAUGGUGUUUUAUUUUGCACAGAUGUGGCAUCAAGAGGUCUAGAUUUACCAUUAGUAGAUCGUAUAAUACAGUACAACGCUCCAAUCACACCAACGGAUUAUGUUCAUAGAGUUGGUCGAACUGCUAGAGUUGGCCAGAAUGGAGAAGCUACAUUAUUUUUGACUCCACAUGAAGCUAUGUUUAUAGCUAAACUUCAAGACCAUUCUAUUGUGUUUUGCAUUACAGCUUUCAAGUCAUGGGUUAGAUCUUAUGCAAGUUAUCCAAAAACUAGUCGAGAAGUUUUUAACUUCAAAGAUUGCCAUCUUGGUCAUUACGCUAAGAGUUUUGCUAUACGAGAUGCACCAAGAAUAAUUGGAGGAAUUGGUAAACCAAAGAAAGAUCCUAGAAUGAAAAAUCAAAGGAAAAUUCCUAAGGCCGACAGUGGUGCUCUGUUUAAGAAACGAAAAUCCGAUAAGGCUAUAUCGGCUUCAGAGUUCGAUAGUGGAAUGAAGGCGAAAAAAAGGAAGAUGAAUUGAAUUUGGACACUACUCGCAUAUUAAUUUGUGUUUAUGUAAUCUAAAACUGUUGUGAUACAUAAUAAAGACAAAUUUUUCCAAAAUGA